CCACCGGCCAAAAUCAACAGAUCUUCUAAUUCUAACUACCACCAUCAUCAUAUCCUUGAUUUUCUAUUUAGCUAUCGCUCCUUCAACUUAGAUUUCCAACUACCAACACACACACACACACUUCUCUAAUCAAUAUCAUCAAAUAAAUUGCAACAACUCAAUAAGUAAAAAUGGAUAGACACCACCACAAUGCUCCGGGACACCACCACGAACCACCACCACCACCACCUGCGGUCCACCAUGUCUCUCACCAAGCAGCACCAGCAGUUCAUCAUGUGUCUCACCACAAUACCACCCCAAAAUACACAGAUAAUAAACCAACAGUUAGGUUCUACACCAAGGCCAAACGAGACUACUCCCUCACUAUCCGUGACGGUCACGUUGUUCUUGCUCCCACCAAUCCUUCCGAUCUUCAUCAGCAUUGGAUAAAAGAAGAGAAGUUUAGCACCCGAGUGAAGGAUGAGGAAGGUUUUCCCUCUUUUGCUCUGGUCAACAAAGCCACUGGACAGGCAAUCAAGCACGCUGUAGGUGCCGAACAUCCGGUUCAGUUGGUUGAAUAUAAUCCAGAUAAGCUUGAUGAGUCCGUUCUUUGGACCCAAAGCAAGGAUUUAGGUGAUGGUUUUCAUGCAGUAAGAAUGGUCAACAACAUCAAGCUUAAUGUAGAUGCAUGGAAUGGUGAUCAAAAGCAUGGUGGUGUGCAUGACGGCACCAAAAUCUAUCUGUUUAAGUGGACAAAGGAUGACAACCAGAGGUGGACGACUGCUCCUUUCUGAUUUAUCGUUGUUUGGAGUUCCGUCAUGACUAGAAAAUAAGUGUGCUUUCAUGUCUGUUACCACAAGCGCUACGUUCCUUGUCAGGGUACUUGGUGAUAUGUAUGCUAGCUUGGAUGGCGUUGUCAUUUACUGUUAUGGUAUUUUAAAUAUCGUAGUUGAACCGUUACAAAGCUCACUACUACAGCUAGUGAGUGCUAGAGCACUACAUGUGUGUAUGUUGUUUUUCGCAUAUAGAUAUAUGAAUGAAUGAGUAUAAUGCUUGUGGAAUAAGUUAUGGAGUCCAUGUCUUUGUUCCCGUUAAUUGCAUUUCCAGGGUCUUGUAUUUCAAUUGGUACAUCCUUGAAAUAAUUAAAUGUCUAUGUCAAUGGUUUCAUA